CACUGACUCUGGUUCUAUAUUUAACCUGCAGGCCAACUCUCACUCACACAUACUCGACAUAAACGAGGACGCAGGCAGACAACGAGCAGGAUGGAGGAGGAGGCUCCAGCCCGGUGCUCUGUGGCUGAACUUGCAGGACGAUUCAAAGGCUCAGCUCCUCCACACGACGCUGGUGGACAGGAAACUGAGAAACCGGUGAGACGACGACCUCCUCGCUCCUUACAGCUGCCCAAAACCCAUGCAGACAACCACGAGCAGCCUGCAGGCGUCCCCUCCUCUGUACCUGUCAAAGCCAAGAGGAACUCAGCACUGAUAGAGAAGCUACAGGCCAACCUCGCUCUUUCUCCCACGGCGCUGCUCCCCUCUCCAAAAAGCCCCGGCUUCAGACUCCUGCCUCCCGCCUUCCCCUCGCCCUCCUCCGGCUCUGCCCCUGUUACCACAGUAACCCCAACCCCAUCCACACCCACUCCCAUCAGUCCUGUCGUCGCCUCACCUUUAACUAAAGAAGAAGGCCCGGCCACCUUUGAAGCCCCUCCCACCGCAGCAGAGGGAUCCAUCUUGUCCAAUAUCAACAAGGGCAGAGCUCGCCACUCCAUCCGGCGACGACCACCAUCCCGCCGCAGCAGGAAGUCCAGCAGCGGUGACGACGUCAACAACACCAUUGAUGGAGGGGACACCUGCUUGAGCUCACCGAAUGAACCUAAAGAUGAAACCAAAGAAAAAGAAGGAGAAGGAGAAAAGAAGGAAGUUAAACCAGACGAGGUGACGGAGGAGAAGACAGAAACAAAAAAUGAAACCCAGAAGAAGAGCAUUCAGAGAACAACGCUGAGCCCAGAGAGGAACAAGAUAGAGGAGAAGGAGGAGACAAACUGGAGACGAGGGGGGAGGUGGAGGAGACGGUUCUUCAUCAGGGAGAGAAGAGAGGAGGAGGAGGAGAAGGAAGAGAAAAACUCUGCAGAAAAACACAAAGAAGAAUCAACUGAAACACCAACAAACACAGACAGCAGAGAGGAAGAAAAGAGCCAAGUGAUUUUUCCUGACGAGACAGUGUGUCAAAGUCCAGCUAGCUGAGUCUGAACUCUGCAGCCAUGUGGAGCCCCUAGAGGGAGAGGGAGACCCUGUAGCUGUCAAGAGGGUCUGGACUUACACUGAGGACAUAUCAAGAAGCCAUCUGUGUCUUUUGUAUCUUUGAUGUGAUGGAGACGAAGCAGAGGAACAGAAUGAACCUUCUGGUCCUGUAAAGUAUCAUGACUAUGUUUAAACUGGAGCUCAGGCUGUGAUCUCAUAUGAAGGAAACUUCUGGAAACAGCUGAUCUGAAUGUGCUUUUUUUCUAACCCUCCAACCAAAUCUUUUUACACUGCAGCCUUGAUGCAUUUUUUUGUAAGAAUAUAAUGUGAAUUUAGUCUUUUCAUUUUUAUGAUAUAGAGCUUUGACUGACGACGAUGAUUGUGUUGAAUUAUUUGUGUUUGUCUCCUCACACACUCUCGGCUGUCAGAGAUAAAAUAUCAAGCCUUAUCAGCUUUAUGAUUAUUUUUAUAUAAUGUUUUUAAAACUGUGUAAAGACUCAACACGCUAAAAAAAAACUGUACAUUUGAAGUAUUUGUAUCUGAAAUGUUACAUUGUGCCUCAAAGCUCUGGAAGUAAAAUUAAAAUGCCUUUUUUGUCUAUA